UCUUCAUGGGUAGGUAUUCUUUCAUUCAUCAGAUCUGAUUACGGUAAGGGCGGACUGUGCUGUUGCUGCUUGCAUUUCACUCUGAGUAGAGGAACGAAAAGUGAUGGGAAGUGGAGAGAUGUCUGAUGAGCAGCCAGAGGCGGCGGGGAGGCGGCGGACGCGUGGCGCGGCGGCGACGGCCCGUUCGGAAGCCCUCGAGCGUCUGAAGGCACUCCGACGGGGCGGGCGCCGUGAAAUGGAUGCUGGCGGGUUCCAGAUUAAGAUGGAGGAGCCAAUUUACGACACGGUGGAUGACGACCAGUACGAAGCUCUUGUCGCCAAGCGCCGCGAGGAGGUCAAAGGGUUUAUCGUCGAUGACGAUGGUCUCGGGUACGGCGAUGAAGGCCAGGAAGAAGAUUGGUCGCUUGCUGGUGUCGCAUUGUCUUCGGGAGAAUCUGAUGAAGAAACUGAGAGGUCGAAGAGGAGGAAAAAUAAUUCGAAUUCGGAAACUAAGGAGAAGAAGGUUGUGAAGAAGCCAUCGGCUUUGGCGUCCGCAGCCGCCUUGAUGGGUAAGCAAAGAAUUUCUAAUAUGUUUACGUCGUCUGUAUUCAAGAAGGACAUACAGAAGAAUUUGUCCUGUGAUAGUAUUGUCGACGACGUGAUUGCUGAAUUUGCACCCGAUGAGAGUGAUAGGGAGAGGAGAAGGAGAGCCACUUUGAGCAAUUUGGGUUUAAGUAAUGCUAACAAUAAGGUGCCGAAUUCGUCUGGGGUUUUAGCAGUGAAAAUUGAGAAUCCUGCUGCUAGUGUCAUUACAUUAGAUGUUUCGAACGAAAUUGCAAAGAUUGGUGACAGGCAUUGUGAUAUAAAAAGCGCAAUAGGUAACGAAUGUUCACAGGAGGCUGAAAACGUCAAUAGUGAACAAAAUGGUUUGCCUGUCACUGAAAGAGGAGAUAAUUCUUCCAAAGUAUUACAGAGUGAGGAAACAAAGGGAACUAAUGAAGCUCUGGAACAUGAGAAUAAUGAAGAUUUGCAUCAAGAGGCUGAAUCCAAAGAAGUGGAGAAAAAAGUGUUUUCUCUCAAUGCUAAAAUUGAAGAACCAAGAGAUUCAGCUUUAAGUGCAACUGCAGGGUGGCAAGCAGUGAGGAUUGCAGGGCAAAAUGUAGCAGCUGAUAGCAGUAUUCCUGGGCCAGGAGUGAAUCCUGGCAAAAGCAGUGAGGAAAAAAUGGAUUUUGAAGUGGAGUCUGAUGGGUCAUUGUCUUUCUACAUACUUGAUGCUCAUGAAGAGAUUUAUGGUGCCAAUGCUGGGAACAUAUAUCUCUUUGGGAAGGUCAAAUCGGGAGGCACAUACCACAGCUGCUGUGUGGUUGUCAAAAACAUGCAGAGAUGUGUAUAUGCAAUACCAACUGUUUCUUUUAUGCACAGCAGAAAAAUCAUGGAGUUGGAUAGAUCUGUUGAAGAGGUUAAAAUGUCCCUUGUGGCACAUAAAGGCACAACUGCAAAACAUGGGAGAGAUAGUGAAAAAUCUCGAAUAUCAGCAAAAGAUUUGAAGGACUCAAAUUUGAAGCUAGAGAAAGACUUCAAGGAGUCUCAGACAGCACUAUACACCCACCUACAUGAGCUGGCCUCAAACUUGAAGACAGAAAUAACAAAAGAAUUGCUUGAUAGGAAUGUUUCAAACUUCAGCAUGACACCUGUUAAGAGAAAUUAUGCAUUUGAGAGAUCGGACAUACCUCAUGGAGAGAAUUACGUCCUCAAGAUUAGCUAUCCCUUUAAGGAUCCACCACUUCCGUCAGAUCUCAAGGGAAACCAUUUCUGUGCUUUGCUCGGAACACAUAACAGUGCCUUGGAGCAUUUCUUGAUUAAAAGGAAAAUCAAAGGACCAUCUUGGUUAUCAAUCUCAAAAUUCACUAGCGGCUCAGCUUCUCAACAUGUGAGCUGGUGUAAGUUUGAGAUUACUGUUGAUUUCCCAAAGGAUAUUCAAGUUUCAACUUUGUCAAAGAAAAUUUCAGAGAUUCCACCAGUAAUCGUUACUGCAAUCAAUUUCAAAACAAUCAUAAAUGAGAAACAGAAUGUUAACGAGAUUGUCUCUGCCUCUGUCAUUUGCUGCCACAGGGCUAAGAUAGAUACACCCAUGCUAGCUUCGGAAUGGACUCGCCCUGGCAUGCUUACUCACUUUACUGUUCUGCGUAAGCUUGAGGGAGGCAUAUUUCCUAUGGGAUUUACAAAGGAGGCUGCAGAUAAAAAUUCAAAGGCUGGGUCAAAUGUUAUAUGUUAUGAAAGUAGUGAGAGGGCUUUGUUGAACCGGUUGAUGAUAGAGCUGCACAAAUUGGAUAGUGAUGUUUUGGUUGGGCACAAUAUAUCUGGAUUUGACCUGGAUGUCCUCCUUCAUAGAGUCCAGGCUUGUAGGGUGCCCAGCAGUAUGUGGUCAAAAAUUGGCCGUCUCAAACGCUCCACCAUGCCUAAACUUAAUAAAGGAAGCUCAGUAUUUGGUUCAGGGGCAAGUUCAGGCAUCAUGUCCUGUAUUGCAGGCCGUCUCUUAUGUGAUACAUAUAUUUGCUCACGUGAUCUACUAAAGGAGGUUAGCUAUUCCUUGACGCAACUAGCAAAGACACAGCUGAACAAGGAUCGUAAAGAAGUUACUCCACAUGAUAUUCCUCAAAUGUUUCAACAUUCUGAAUCACUCAUGCUACUUGUGGAAUAUGGGGAAACAGAUGCAUGGUUAUCAAUGGAGCUCAUGUUCCAUUUGAGUAUUCUUCCUCUUACACGCCAACUGACUAAUAUUAGUGGCAAUCUCUGGCAUAAAACUCUACAGGGUGCUAGGGCUCAACGAGUUGAGUAUCUCUUGUUACAUGCAUUCCAUGCCAAAAAAUUUAUUGUCCCAGACAAGUUCUUUGCUCAAUCAAAGGAGGCACGGACAAUAAAACGGAAAGUUGAUAGUGGUGUAGAGAGCAAAGAUAUUGCUCCAGAUGAUGCAAAUUUUGAUGAUGGGCCUCUGGAGAAUUAUCAAGGGAAAAGUAAAAAAGGUCCUUCCUAUUCUGGUGGAUUAGUGCUGGAGCCCAAGAAGGGACUGUAUGACAAAUAUGUACUACUACUUGAUUUCAACAGUCUUUACCCUUCCAUUAUUCAGGAAUUCAAUAUUUGCUUCACUACUGUUGAAAGAUCUUCUGAGGAAUCAAUUCCUCGUUUGCCAUCUAGCAAAAGGACAGGAGUUUUGCCAGAGUUGCUUAAAAAUUUGGUGGAGAGAAGGAGAAUGGUAAAAUCCUGGUUAAAAACUGCAUCUGGCCUCAAAGUUCAGCAGCUUGAUAUACAGCAACAAGCUCUAAAGCUUACGGCAAAUAGCAUGUAUGGAUGCCUGGGAUUCUCCAACUCCAGAUUUUAUGCAAAACCUCUUGCUGAACUUAUAACAUUACAAGGAAGAGAGAUUUUACAGAGCACUGUUGCUCUUGUUCAAAAUAAUCUAAACUUGGAGGUUAUUUAUGGUGACACAGAUUCCAUAAUGAUAUACAGUGGCCUUGAUGAUAUUGGAAAAGCUAAAUCAAUAGCGGGAAAGGUCAUUCAAGAGGUUAACAAGAAAUACAGGUGUUUGGAGAUUGAUCUGGAUGGUUUGUACAAGAGAAUGUUAUUGCUCAAGAAGAAGAAAUAUGCGGCUGUCAAGAUGCAAUUUAAGGAUGGUACAUCUUAUGAGGUCAUUGAGCGGAAAGGUCUUGAUAUGGUUCGGCGUGACUGGAGCUUGCUGUCUAAGGAACGUGGUGAUUAUUGCCUCAGUCAAAUAUUAUCCGGAGGGUCAUGCGAGGAUGUUGUUGAAGCAAUACACAGUUCUUUAGUGAAGGUGCAAGAAGAAAUGAGGAAUGGAGAAAUACCGCUGGAAAAGUAUGUGAUUACAAAGACCCUGACUAAACCACCUGAAGCAUACCCAGAUGCUAGGAGUCAGCCUCAUGUUGAAGUAGCACUAAGAAUGAAGAGGAAUGGUUAUGUGACCGGAUUUUCUGCUGGAGAUGCAGUACCUUAUAUUAUUUGCUGCGAGCAGGGGCAGGGUUCAGUUACUUCCGUUGGAAUUGCCCAGCGGGCAAGGCAUCCUGAGGAAUUGAAAACAGGAAAUGAAAACUGGAUUAUUGACAUUGACUAUUACCUUGCACAACAGAUUCAUCCCGUUAUAUCACGUCUAUGUGCAUCAAUUCAAGGUACAAGUCCAGCGAGGUUGGCUGAUUGUUUGGGGCUUGAUUCAUCAAAGUUCCAGAAUAAGUCUAGUGAUUCUGUUGCCAAUGAUCCAUCCUGCCUUUUGUCAUUUGCAUUAGAUGAUGAGGAGAGGUACCGGGGUUGCGAACCUUUAGUUUUGUCGUGCCCCAGCUGCUCUGAAACCUUCCACUGCUCGCCUGUAUUGAGCUCAAUCUGUGCAAUGCUAAAUACAAAGUCAGUAGACACGCAAACUGGAUCAACUGUUGAUUUCUGGCAAAGAUUAAGCUGUCCAAAAUGCGUAGAUGAGGGAGAGAAGAGAAUAUCUCCUGCUAUCAUAGCAAACCAGGUCAAACGACAAGCUGAAGGAUUUGUAUCAACAUAUUACAAAGGCCACAUGAUGUGCGACGAUGAAACUUGCAAUUACACUACACGCAGUGUGAAUCUUCGAAUAGUGGGGGAUUCAGAACGAGGAACUACUUGUCCAAACUAUCCCCGCUGUAAUGGACACCUUAUAAGAAAGUACACUGAAGCAGAUCUAUACAGACAACUGUCAUAUUUCUGUUACAUUUUAGAUACAGUACGCUGCAUUGACAAGAUAGAGGGAGACAAACGAUUACUGGUGGAGAAAGAACUUGUCAGGAUCCGGCCUCUGGUUGAAACGGCGUUGUCCACAGUGCAGAAAAUUCGUGACAGAUGUGCUUAUGGAUGGAUUCAGCUAAAAGGCCUUACUUUGGAUGUUUAACUUGAAAACGGGAUGUUGUGUUACUAUGUUCUUGUACAUAUAAUAGAUGUCAAUGAUUCAAAUUUACACAAAAUUUGAGAAGAUUGGAAUGCA